CUUUCUCAUCACAUCACAACAACAAACAUGCGUCCUACCUCGUCUUCCCUGAUCCGCAUCCAGCCGAUCCCGGCACCUUCCUCCUCAUCACUCUCCGCAGUCGCAUCACGCCUUCCUCCCCCGCUGAGGAGGAAGUACGCGCCGCCCAAAUCCGCUGCCGUUGAGGAGGACGCUACAGGAAGUGCAUCUUCCUCUUCUCAACAGCAGAAGCAGAGGCAACAUCAGCAGCAGCAGUAUCAGAGCAUCGGGAAGAUGUAUGCAGAUGCCAGACAAGCGGCUGAAGCAGGACGACCGGCGGCCAAGGUAGUCAAGGGAGAUUGGCCGAAGAAUCUGAGAGUGAUGGGCUUUGUUGAGAAGAGGGAGCGAUUCUGGAAGGUACCCAAGGAGCAAAGAGAUGUAUUGCGGAAGCUGUUGAAGGAGGAAUGAAGGGCAGAAGAGCAUGAUGAGAGGAGAG